GUUGUUCAAUCUGUUUCAUACCCGGGUGCACUGUAAUAUCGACAAGCAAAAUUCUAAAUACGAAGGAUGCUGUGGUCGCUGUCAGCAUGGAACUGCAUUUACAAAAUGCGCAGAAAUUAGGUGUUUGGUGCCUUCAUCAUCAUGGCAUCAGUACAUCAAAGGUUUCAGCUCUGCAGAUAAGGAUGAAAGGGGAAUACUGACAACCAUGGAAUUCCCAUCUUCGCUUUUGGUAAUAAUGCUGGUGGCUUCUACAUCCGCCCAGAGGACUGCUCUCUGUCCCUUCAGCUGUGACUGCUCUAUCACAAACACUGUCAAUUGCAGUAACAAAGAGCUGAGAACUCUUGAUCCUAGCUUGUUCAGUGGAACUACUGUUCGAGACAUGACGCACCUCUACUUAGAUGGCAAUGGUCUCUUCGGGCUGAGCAAAGAUCUUUUCGGGUUUCUUGGAAAGUUACGAAUCCUUCACUUGCACAACAAUAUUUUGACGGAAGUUCAUAUGGAUAUGUUUUCCGGGCAGAACAACCUGGAAGUGCUUACUUUGCAUAACAACGCUUUGUCAGCCCUGCAUCCUCUAUUGUUUAGCAAGCUCUUGAAUCUGAAAUAUCUGACACUACAUCGAAAUCACCUUGUAGCCUUCAGUAAUGAAACAUUUUCUCAAUUAAAGAACCUCGAGAUGUUGGACCUCAGCGUUAAUUAUUUGAAAACUCUACAUGAAGAUGUUUUCAGGUCUCAGAUUAAACUGGUGGCACUGAACAUAUCCAGCAAUAUGUUGUCAACGAUCCCAGAUGGCACGUUCGACAGCACAGCAAGUCUGAAGAAUUUAUCUCUGAGUCAUAACAGUCUGGAAGUAUUGAAUGCCUCAGUGUUAACUCACCUGCAAAAUCUCGAAUGUCUUGUUCUGAACAACAACAACAUGUCGUCGUUCGGGAAUACAAACUUGCAAUUGAACAGUUUAAAGCUACUGGAUCUAUCUUCAAACAGAUUUCACAGUUUGGACGUUGACGUGUUUGCAAAGCUUCCAAACCUCGAGAUACUGUUGCUUCAAAAUAAUGAUUUGGAAACUGUGGGCGUCGGGAUCUUUGACUCGCUGAUAAAUCUCGUUUGCUUGCAAUUGAAUCAAAACAGACUCAAGAACUUUCCUGACAGCGUGUUCAUGAGAACGGAAAACCUCGCAAUCUUGAGCGUUAGUAAUAAUCCCCUACGUGUUCUGCAGGAUGACAUCUUUAAGAAACUGACCAACUUAGAACGUCUCGAUAUCAGCUACUGCGAAGUAACUGAACUGAAGCCCAACAUUUUAAAAAAUCUAUCCAAACUGAAAUUCUUGGAUUUGGAUAAGAAUUCACUCACAGCGCUUCAUGACAAAAUAUUCAAUUCAUUGACUGAACUUAAGGAGUUAACCUUAACGAAUAACAAUUUAAAGUCUCUAAGCAAUGGGCUAUUUACUUCUCAGAGGAAUUUAAAUAAGCUUCUUGUACGUAACAAUAGUCUAACAACUGUAGCCUUGGCAACUAUAAAACCAUUAAUGAAUCUUAAGGAACUUGAUCUGAGUGAUAAUCCUCUGAUGUGUGAUUGUAAUCUUAAAGAUACUUUGUCGUUGACCAUCAGCCGCCAUAUUGUAUACAACGCUACGUGUGAUAGUCCAGAUGUUUUGCGCGGUAAGUCCUGGGAAUUUAUUCAAUUGUUAUCCUGUGAGAGAACGACAAAAAUGUCGACAGUGUUACUGACCAAAGCUACUACAACCGCCAUCACUUCUACCGCCCCUACUACAACCGCCAUCACUCCUACCGCCCCUACUACAACCGCCUUCACUCCUACCGCCGCUACUACAACCGCCAUCACUCCUACCGCCGCUGCCAUGUCCGAACAUCUAACUGCAAUGGAAAAUCGAACAGAUAACAUUGCUUCUUACUGCAGACCGUCUGUUGCUAUGACAAUUAUGUACCCUGUUUUAGUAACUGCAUAUUGUAUAUUCGAUUGACGAUGAAGACAGUGAUGUAGAUUUCAGGAGCUGUGAAGACCUUCAUUAUUGAUGUUUGUGAUUAAAUUUACCUUGUAAGGGACUUGAUAAUGAAGACGAGCGUGUUCUGUCAUCUGUUUUCGCCCUUUUGUGCACCUGUUAACGAAUAGAAUUCAAGUAAGAACGAAUUAAAGCGGUGAUGACUUUUGUGGUUCCUGCGUAAUGAAGAUUUACCGAUGAGAGGUCUCUUAAGAAAUAUUGUACUCAUUAAAACGAGUCUUUUUUGGAUUUAAUAUACGUUCUUUUAAGAUACAUUAUCAAUCAAACUUACUGUUACGAUAGGAGGUGUGAGAUCGAUUAAGCCUGUAAGAUCCGUAGUACAUUGGCCCUUCCUUUACGUGCUUAGUGACGUGACUGCAAAGCUCAUGAGGACGUGAGGGCGAGGUUCCAUAUGCUCAAGAAAAUUCAUAAAAAAAUGUUAGGCCCCAAAACCAUUACUGAUGUAGGGUGUAUAAAGCCCACACCUCGAAUUCCUGCUCGGUUUCAAGGAAGGCAGCUUGUUGCUGUAUCAAAAUGCCUCAAAUUAGAGCACAGCUGUCCCAGAGGAAUGUCUUGUGGACAAGCUGACAGCCAGGGCACAAGGAAUUCGCUAGAAUUUAUUCGGAUGACCAAUAUAAUAUCUCAUACGAUCGGAAGUUGCCGAUUUCUUGCAACAAUACCAGUGCUGCCUUUGAUUGUUGGUGUGACUUCACACGUUUGCAUUCAAGUAUCAGAUACGACUUUGUUCCUCUCUCUUUCGUUCCAGGAAGUAAGGCUGGAGCAUCUGAUCCUUCUGAGACACUGCUAGCAUUAUAUAUAUUGCAGUCACAAACAAACACGACGUGCUUGUAGUAGCUUCAGAUAAAAUUUUGUUACAUUACGACAAACGAAUUUUUCAUUUUAAAUUAUGAUAUUAAUCAGAAGACUUGCGUAUUUUCUAUGAAUAGGAGACCUAUUAAUGACAAAAAUCACUGUAAUUUUCCACCAAAAAUAAUUGUAACCGAAUGCUGAAAUGUAUUUACUUUAAUACUG